GUGUUCCAUUCAUCCAAAAUCAAAGCACAAGAUUGAAUCACUUAGAUAAACCUCUCUGUCAAAAUGAAGACUGUCUUUGUAUCAUUCUUCACUCUGUUAAUUGUGUUAGUCUUCACAGUUACUGCCACAAAGCCAUCAAAGGGCAUAACCUGUGAGCAGGAAAAAGCCUUAGCGAGGCCAUGCUUAGAAUAUCUAACAAAGAAAACUGAUGCCCCUUCAACUUCUUGCUGCGAUGGGAUGAAAAAAAUCAUAUCUUCAUCACCUACAAAGGAAGAAAAACAAGCUGCAUGUACGUGCCUAAGGGAAGCAGGCAAUCGUAUUCCUAACCUAGACAAACUCAGACUCAAUAGUCUUUGCAAAGAUUGCAAAAUCAAGCUCCAUAAUCUCAUGUCCAAUGACUUGAAUUGCAUCAUACUUGAUUAAGCUAGGAACGGUGCAUUAUGCUGGGAAUUUUCUAUUUCUGUCACACAGAAUAACAUUGUUUGUUGAACUUCUCUCAACAAACAUUUAUGUUGAAAUUAAUAAUUAAUGAAUAUGCUUUAUAUA